UUCUCUGCUGCAUCAAUUAUUGUCUCAUCUCACAACUUUGGAUUUCGUCUUCCCAAAGCUCAAUCCCGAAAUUCUCUGCUAAAGAUUCAAUCUUUCCAGCAGCCCACAAACAGAAUCGGCUCGAAUCGAAAGUGAGCUAAGAAGAUCAAUCAAAUUCAACCAUGAGUGAAGAGAAAAAGGAGAGCUAUCAGCACCACCAUGUCCAUGACCAUCCACCGCCGCCUCCGUACGGAACAUUCCAGGGCGUAGCAAACCACCCUCCGCCGCCGGCCAUGGGCUUCCCCCAGCCCGUCCCGCCGCCCGGCGUUUCCGGAGCUCCGCCGCCGCAGUCUCACUACUACGCCCACGGCUAUCAAGCUGUCCCAGGUUAUGCUGCUGUUGCAACUGGAAGACCCGUAAGGGAGCCGCGACUUCCUUGCUGUGGAAUCGGCCUCGGCUGGUUCUUGUUCAUUAUUGGAUUCUUCAUUGCCGGAAUUCCAUGGUAUGUUGGUGCAUUGCUUCUAAUUUGUUCCAGAGUUGACCCUCGCGAGAAACCAGGAUACGUUGCUUGCACGAUUGCUGCUGUGAUGGCUGCUAUUGCGGUGGUCUUCGGAUUGACUAGGAUCGACGACUGAUGAAACAAUCACAGGGAACCUAAAACAUCUGAAAGAAACUAGCCUGCUGUGUGUAUAUUUGAGCUCAAGUAAUGUUUUAUUUGUUAUACUUUUACAUAUAUGUUGUAUGGAUUAUAUUUCUGUAAUGAAGCAUGUUUGUAAUCAGUGUUGUAAUGUAAUGCAAAACUCAAAAUCUUGUAAUUCCAUAUUUGUGAAAUGACAGUUCCCAUCUGUUAGUGUA